AUGAUCCCAGCGGAGACGAAUGGCAACCCUAGGAAGAAAGACGAAGAAGCAUGCGGGGUCACCAUAGAAGGUUGCGCAUUUACAAACACAUAUGGCGUCGCUAGCAAAUUCGCGGGCACAGUGUUGGCCCAGCAGUUUUUUGACUCGCUGGGUUUUAGUAAGGAUCAAAGCAGGGAAGCGUCCAAAGCUAUUGCAGCAAUUGCGGCAGGAAAGCCUUUCGAUUCCCUCCACAAAGAAGCUAUCGUAUUCACAUACGAGGAUAUUUGCUAUCCGGGAGAGCACCUUAGACCCCUAUAUCUGACCGCGCAUAUCAAUAAGAUUCCUUCGAAGAGGGCCUUCGUGGAUGGGGGCGCAUCUCUAAAUUUAAUCUCUACAUACACACUAGACCUUCUCGAGGUGCAGAAAUCGGCAGUCAAAAUGCGAAACACAACGGUGAAAGUAUUCAGAGGACAUACUCAUACGGCCAUCGGGAUCGUCCAUUUGGUUAUGAAGAUUGGUCAUAUUCGUGGGCUUACCCCUUUCUAUGUACUGGAAGACGAAACGACGUUCCAUGUACUACUAGGACGAGGGUGGUUACUCAACCAUAAGGUGGUAGCGCCAACAUACUAUCAGUGCAUCAAAACUAACGUAGGAGGAAUACAAUUCCGGAUACCAUCCACGAGCCACCCCUUUGACCCGGAAGAAGCUUAUAAGGCAGACGCGGUUUUUUAUGAUUUGGCUAAGGAAGCGAACGAAAUUCCCGAGCCGAUAGAAAAAAGAAGUAUAGAGUUCCCGAAGGCAACCGCCAUCGCAAUAAACGAAGAAGUGGAACGCCUGUUGAAAUCCAAGUUCAUCAGACCUAUUCAGCACCCGGCCUGGUUAGCCAACAUCGUCCCAGUGGUGAAGAAGAAUGGGAAGAUCCGGUGCUGCGUGGACUAUAGGGAUCUCAGUCGGUCCUGUCCCAAAGACGAUUUCCCACUACCCAACAUUGACUUAACGCUAGACGCGACUGGAGGCAAGACGCGCUUCUCUUUCAUGGAUGGGUUUAAUGGAUAUAACAAAAUAAAUAUGGCCAAAGAGGAUGCAAAGAAGACUGCCUUCCAAACUCCAUAUGGGAACUUCUAA